AUGACUUGUUCAGAGUUAGAGUUUAAAAUGGAGUGGUGGAGAUUGAAAGGAACAUUCAAGGAUUUGAGAGAAGCGGAUACAACGCCUCGUUAUGGAUCUGGCAAAUCUCGUUUUUACACUGAAGCUGAUUCUGAGUCGCACGUCAAAGUCGGAUUGAUGACUCCUGUCAAGGCUGUCACAAAUGAAGACCCCACAAUGUACCUGUCAAAAUCCACGUUCUAUGACACUGGUUCGCAAGUGGACAAGUGUCGUACAGAAGACUGUGAGUUUUUCGGGUCAUCUGUGACUAAACAUCUUUGUUCAAAAUGUUACCAAUUACAUCAGCAGCAAAAAAAAGAAUCUGUUUUCAAAUCUGUUAUAUCUGGAUUAAAAUAUGAUUUGGAUCAAAGAAAAGAAUUUUUGUCAGAAUUAACUAUAUAUGUACGAUUUCCAUUAUUAGGCACCAAUUAUACAUUUGAAACAUUACAUUUUAAUCUACAUAAUUCAGUUCUACAUUUCACCAUUCCACAAACGAUAAGGUGUAAACUAAGACAGUUUGAUGAUUCACAAAAAGUUAUUUUACUGUUUAAACGGUCUAAGACUUUGCCAAAGUGUAACACAGAAUGGUAUGACCCAGUUACCAAGUUACGAAAGAAUGCACCAGGGAUGAAUGAUUGUCGUCAGGCAGCUGGUCUUGAUGUAAUAAGAGAUAAAUUUGUGUUUGCUGUGGGAGGUAUGACAAAAUCAAGUUGUCAAUCUGUUACUAUGCUUGAUGUAUCUUUACGAUCACCCUGUUGGGUGCCCAUGGCCAACAUGUUAAUUAGUCGAAAACUCCCUGGAGUUKGUGUAUUGAAUGAUUGUAUAUAUGCAAUUGGUGGUUAUGAUGGUGCCAGUUCUUUAAAUAGUGUAGAGGUAUUUGAUUUCAGUGUUAAAAAAUGGCAAAUGGUAUCAAGUAUGUCUGUUACGAGAAAAGGAUUGGGUGUUGGUGUGCUGAAUAAUAUUUUAUAUGCUGUUGGAGGUGCUAAUGGAGGAUAUGGUUUAGGGUCAGGAAUAUUGAAAUCAGUUGAAUGUUAUGAUCCCAGUCUUGAUAAGUGGACACCAGUGUCAGAAAUGUCUGAAUACCGCGUUGGUGUUGGUGUUGGAGUCUUGGAUGGUGUUAUGUAUGCAAUUGGUGGCUUUAAUGGAUCUGAGAUGCUUAAAAGUGUUGAAAUUUAUAGACCAAAUGAUGGAGUUUGGUCUUUAAUUUCUGAAAUGCAUUUAUGCCGAUGCAKGCCUGGAGUAGUUGCAUUGAAUGGUCUAUUGUAUGUUAUUGGUGGAGAAACUGAAAUAUCUAUUGCUGAUACUAUUGAAAUAUACAAUCCCAAGACCAAUAUUUGGUCCAUGGAAACUUUGUCAAGAAGUGGAGGGAAAAUAUAUGGUGGAGUAGUCGUUGAUAGAUCACCAAAUUUUAUAAUUAAUUAACAUACAGUAGGUUCUUAUUGUUGGUAUUUAUAAUAAUAUAGUCAUUUUCUUUUUCCUCAAUCCGAAGAUUGRA